UUGUUUCUUUUUUUGUCACUAAGCUAUCUCUUCCUAAAUGAUUCUAGUGCUCCCACCAUAGGGCACUGUGAUGGUUCCUUACUGGAUAUGACCGCGUGUGUGGAUGUCUGGGAUGUAAGGGCCACAACAGAGCUCGAUUACCGUCAUAUCUGUGAAGCUUCCUCUUAGGGAGGCCCCUGUCUUAAUCCCCCAAGUGCUGGCACAGGGUAGAUUGAAUUGGUGUUGGAGCUGCAUGGCGUCCUCGGAUGGCUAAACCGAGCCAUGGAAACUCUCUGCUUGCAGAGCAGUUGCAUCUCUUCAGAGGUUGUGCUGGUGAAAAAAGAUCAGUCGGCAGGUUGUGUCUGUCCUCACACCGUCGCGUAUUUAUGUUGGCAAACCUUUGCUGCGUACACUCAGCCAAAGCUCAUUACUGAUGAACAGGAUGAUGUGGGAUUUUUUCCAUCUGCUGUCUUCCUAGUUUUGCUGAUCUAUGUAACAAGUUUGCUUUUAACUGUGAAGCAUUGCACUCUCGCAGCUGAUAGCAAUAGCUGCUUACACAACUGUGAUUUGAUUACGCUACAGCCCUGUUUUUGAGUAAUAGCUCAAUCCACCAGAACAGAAGGUAUCUUCUGCCAAGUACAAGAAUUAAUUGAGAGAAAAAUUAGUGAACUUGUACUGAGCUUUUUGAACUUUAACAUCAGAUAACACUGGCAGAAAGAAGCUGGAUCUCUUCCUAGUUGUGUGCAAGUCCGAAGGAUGAGCAAGGUUUGUGCCAUUUUUGGAGGAUCCCGAGGAAUAGGAAAAGCUGUAGCAGAAUUAUUGGCACAGAAAGGAUGCCACCUGGCAAUUAUUGCUAGAAAUCUUGAAGUAGCCCAAAAUACUGCAUGCGAUCUUGGUGCUGGCCAUUUGGCACUUAGCUGUGAUAUAUCCAGAGAACAACAAGUCCAACGCGCUUUUGAAGAGAUACAGAGGAAUUUAGGUCCUAUAAACUACUUGGUUAAUGCAGCUGGGAUCAACAGGGAUGGCUUGUUACUGAGAACCAAGACUGAAGAUAUGGUAUCCCAGAUUCACACAAACCUUUUGGGAACAAUGCUGACAUGUAAAGCUGCUGUAAAAAGUAUGAUUCAUCAUCAAGGAGGUGCUAUUGUUAAUAUAGGAAGUGUUGUAGGACUUAAAGGCAACUCUGGUCAAAGCAUAUACAGUGCUAGCAAAGCAGGAAUAGUUGGAUUUUCACGUUCUCUUGCUAAAGAAGUAGCAAGAAAGCAGAUUCGAGUCAACGUGGUUGCUCCAGGUUUUAUUCACACAGAGAUGACUGCUCAUUUGGAAGAAGACAAGCUGAAGAAAGCAAUUCCCCUUGGAAGAUUUGGAGACCCUCAUGAAGUUGCACAAGCUGUUUUAUUUCUCCUGGAGUCCCCUUAUGUUACAGGCAGUACUCUAAUUGUGGAUGGCGGCUUGCAGCUUUUGAUUUAGAUAUUACCUUGAAUAAAUACCUGCUUAAAUGUCAAGUGGGUAACAUACACAUGCUAAUUAAGGAGGGGGAAAUUAGUCUAAGAUUCAUGUAUGCAAUUGACUUGAUAUUCUUUAAUCAGAUAACUAAUUUGUUGCAGUAAAGUCCGACAGGUAUGCUUAGCUUCCUGAAAGAGUCCAUUUGGUUGUAUGAAGUUUGCAUAUGCAACAAUGCUAAAAAGGUCUGCCUUUGGUAUGGUGAUAGUUAUAAAUAACUUCCUGAUGCAUUUUUAAAGCACUGGUUUUAUCAAGACACGUUUUCCAGUUUGGAAACGGAGUAGAGAUUUUAAUCUGAAUUAUUGUCUUACACAAAGGUGAAUAAAAUGUUUAUUUGCUGCCAGUUACGAUUGCAGUUCUUCAUGUAUGUUGAAGACUGUGAACCACAUGGUUUUUUGAUUCUUAUCAGUCAGUCCCUACAAAGUGGCAAAGAGUUUCCUUUGUUUUUUUGUUUGUAGCAGGAACUCCAAAGGCAGAAGCUUCUUGGUCUCCAGAGUUCCUGAAUUGCCUUUACAAGGUGUAAUUAUAUGCCAUAUAUUUUUAUGGGAAAAAAACUAUGCAGUUCCAUCCUUAAAUGUAUGUACAGUGAUUAAUUAAUUCAGUAGCACUUAAUUAGAUUAAAGGACCAUUAAAGGUCAGUAGAGUUGCUAAUUUAGUAAUUUUCUGAGUUCCAGCUGCACAGACACUGGUCACUGGUGAAUGGUAUGGUUGCAGGCCUUGCUGCAUGGAAGUCUUUUCACAGGCUCAGUGCAUGCUGAGAAGACAAGUAUUCCUUUUGAAGUGCAAAGUGGUGCUGUGUGUCUUCCUCUGCUCGGUCCAACUGUGUUAUGUUGACACUCUUUAACAUGUAUAUAUAGUCAAUAAAGUAGCCAUUUAUUUUACUCGAA